AUGGGCAGCGGAAGGAAUAACGGAAUUCUCUGUUGGCUGCUCGUGCUGUUUUUAUCGGACCGGUCUGCUGCCCAGAUAGCAUACUCUGUUUCCGAGGAGGUGGACAAAGGAACUGUGGUAGGGAAUCUCGCCAAGGAUUUAAAUGUCAACGUCCGAGACCUGCGAACGAGGAAUCUAAAACUCGUGUCUGGGUACAGUAAGAUAUAUUUCGAGGCAAAUGUGAAAACGGGGGACCUUUAUGUCAGUGAGCGAAUAGACCGCGAGGGGCUUUGUCCAAACACGAUAAAAUGCACACUGAAUUUAGAGGCCAUACUGAGUAACCCUAUGGUACUCCGCCGCAUUGAGGUGGCAAUUGUUGAUUUGAAUGACAACGCACCUACGUUUGACGAGAAGUCACUUUCACUUAACAUAUCUGAAUUUUCACCAACGGGCGAACGCUUCUUGCUUCCUCUGGCUCUUGAUGCAGAUACAGGCAGCAAUUCCGUAAAGACUUACCGGCUAAGUCCAAACGAACACUUCUCCCUAGAUGUGCAGAGCGGUGGGGAUCAUAGUGUAUCCGCUGAGUUAGUACUGAUAAAAGCUUUGGAUCGGGAAAAGCAAGCUGCCGUUGAACUAACACUGACGGCUGUAGACGGAGGCAAACCUCCGAAAACUGGAACUGUAAGGAUAAAUAUCAAUGUACUAGAUGUCAACGACAACACGCCGUCAUUCAGCAAAACACUUUACAAGGCACGUGUGCAUGAAAAUGCUCCAGCCGGAUCAUUAGUAAUUCGCCUUAAUGCCACAGAUCUAGACGAGGGGGACAACGGGAGGGUGACCUACUCUUUCGUCAAGCGUGGAAACUUCGAUCCCGCCGAUGUGUUUUUUAUAGACGCGGAGACCGGCGAGAUAACGGUUAGGGGCAAUCUGGAUUACGAGGCGCAGUCGGCGUAUGAAAUUCAUGUCCGAGCGACGGACAGAGGUGCGUCGCCCCGGGGUGCCAGUGGGAAGCUGCUGGUGGAGAUAGUCGAUGUGAAUGACAAUGCCCCAGAAAUUGUAGUGACGUCACUCACCAACCCCGUUAAAGAAGACGCAGACACAGGGAGCGUUGUGGCUUUAGUGACAGUGACCGACAAAGAUGGAGGGAAAAACGGCCACACGAAUUGUAAAUUAACUGGUUCUGUGCCUUUUAGGCUAAAUUCCAACUACAAAAAUUACUACUCUUUAGUUGUAGACGGAACUCUAGAUAGAGAAGAAUGCUCUUUUUACAAUGUCACGAUUAUUGCGACUGAUGAAGGGACCCCACCUCUAUCCUCGAGCAGCGUUAUUACUGUUCACGUUUCUGAUGUCAAUGACAACGCACCUCGGUUUAUGGAGCCUGUGAUUAAUGUUUAUGUGAAAGAAAAUAGUCCGGUAGGAGUUUGUAUCUAUACAAUAACUGCAGUCGAUCCUGAUAUAAACGAAAACGCGAAAAUAACAUACUCAUUUGAUGGUGAUUCAAAAAGUAUUCCUAUAACUUCUGUUGUAAACAUCAACUCAGAGACCGGAGAUAUAGUCAGUCUGCAGUCUUUUAACCACGAGGAGCUAAAAAUGUUUCAGUUUAAAGUUCAGGCCACAGACUCUGGUGUUCCUCCGCUCAGCAGCAACGUGACUGUGAACGUUUUCAUCCUGGAUGAGAAUGACAACAGUCCCGCGAUUCUCGCGCCCUAUUCCGAGCACGGAUCCGUUAACAGCGAGCAUCCCUACUCUGCUGAAGCGGGAUACUUUGUGGCAAAGAUCAGGGCUGUAGACGCAGACUCUGGGUACAAUGCGCUGCUCUCUUACCACCUCUCUGAGCCCAAAGGAAACAACCUCUUCCGAAUCGGAACCAGUACCGGGGAAAUCAGGACUAAGAGGAGAAUGAGUGACAAUGACCUGAAGACUCACCCCCUGGUGGUCCUGGUUUCUGAUAACGGAGAACUCCUGUCGGCUACUGUGUCUAUCGAGGUGGUGGUGGUCGAAAGCACAGCUGACAUCCAGACUCAGUUCAGACAUGUGCCCAUAAAGGAGGAGAGCUUCUCCGAUUUAAACCUGUACCUGCUGAUCGCCAUCGCGUCGGUGUCACUGAUCUUUCUGCUCAGCCUCAUCAGUUUAAUAGCGGUCAAGUGCCACAGGUCAGACGGCAGUUUCAGCAGGUACGGCACCCCAAUGAUCACCACCCACCCUGACGGGAGCUGGUCUUACUCUAAAGCUACUCAGCAGUACGACGUCUGUUUCAGCUCAGACACACUCAAGAGUGACGUAGUGGUUUUCCCCGCACCGUUUCCGUCUGGAGACGCGGAGCUGGUCAGUAUUAACGGAGGAGACACGUUUACCAGGACUCAGACUUUACCUAAUAAAGACAAGGUGAGAUAUUUAUAUUAUUUACAAUUGCUUUAA